AUGGGAGACCCCAACCCGCUCGAUCCAGUCCCGCAGUUUAUACUUCGACGAAAUUAUGUUUCCUGCCAUCAGAGUCGUUCUGGCGCUACGCUCGAGUUUGAGGAAGGGGCCUCCCAACUUUCAUCCUCAGGCAAGUAUACGAUUUUUAGCAACUCUUCCAUACCUGAUCAGCUUCCGUGUUCCAGUUUACCACCUGCCGACUUUUCACCCGACACUGCACUACCUACUAGCGGAACACUGGGAUGCACUAGCUCACGUACUAUGGAAGUCUCCGACCCCCCCGCCGUAGUCGAGCCUUUCUUGCCUGCGUUCAUCAGUCAUCCCGGUCCUACGGGCGGUAGCGGGGAACGAGACUUCCAAAACGCUACUCACGGCAAGUACAACUUCGUAAUUUCAGUUCCCUCCGCUGAUCCGUACUGCACUUUCAGUCUUCGGCAACUUGACGUCCCGCCGCCAGUGUUCGCAGAACGUAGCCUUGCGGCUGAUAACCAUUCCUCUGGACUUCGCAUUUACUACCAAAAUGUUCGUGGACUUCGUACCAAAAUUGACGACUUUUUCUUGACGGCUACUGAAUGUGACCACAACAUUAUUGUAUUAACCGAGACCUGGCUCGACGAUCAUAUUGACUCCGCACAAUUUUGUGGCAGUUUAUUCACUGUCUAUCGCUGCGACCGUAAUCGUCAUAACAGCUGCAAGUCGCGUGGUGGUGGUGUACUGAUAGCUGUAUCUAAACGCCUUAAUAGCUGUGUUGACCCGGCUCCAAUAAGUGACACCAUUGAACUCUGGAUUAGAAUCUCCAUGCCAACUCGCAGCAUUAGUUUGGGAGUAGUCUAUCUUCCUCCCGAUCGUAGAUCCGACAUGACCGCUGUCAAAAACCAUAUCAACUCUAUCAGCUCCGUUACCUCUCGCUUAGACCAAAAUGAUCUAUCGUUUCUAUUUGGAGACUACAAUCAGCCGGGCGUAAUUUGGAAACGUGGGAGCGAUAGCAUUCCUUCAAUUGAUCUGAUUCAUUCACGGAUAUCUGUUGCCUGUUCCGCUUUGCUAGACGGGUUUAGUUUAAACAACCUGACCCAAGUGAACCACGCUACUAACGACUACGAUCGUUUACUAGAUCUGGUGCUAGUGAAUGACGCCACUUCAUGUGAACUCACUGAAGCGAGUGAGUCGUUACUGCCGCUUGAUACGAAUCACCCUGCAUUAAAUAUAACGAUAGAUGUAACUGUACCCGUACAAUUUGAGGACAUUGGUGACGUUCCAUGUCUUGAUUUUUGUAGAGCUGAUUUUGAGUCGUUAAGUAUUGCUUUCUCUUGCAUCGAUUGGCAAUUCUUGGAAUCCUCCCCACCUAUAAAUGAUGCUGUUGAGUACUUUAACUGUGCUAUCAACUCAGCAAUCUACCGUAUUGUUCCUCCGCGAAGACCUCUAAGAAAACCCGCUUGGUCUAAUCCUCGUCUUCGGCAUCUCAAGAAACAGCGUUCCACGGCGUUGCGACAUUAUUGUAAAGCGCGUUGUCCAAUUUCGAAGCAUCGAUUCAAUGAAAUCAGCAAGUUAUACAGAAAAUAUAACCGCUUCCUUUACAAACGGUACACCUCCAGGAUGCAGGGUAACCUCAGACGGAAUCCACGAUUAUUUUGGUCGUUCGUGAAUUCUAAGCGUAAAGAAGAUGGUUUACCAGUAGAUAUGUUUCUUGGUGAUUGUCACGGCAGCACAUUGCUUGAAAAAUGUACUCUAUUUGCCCGUAGCCUUCAGCACAAUUUUCAUGAGCAUACUGCUUCCGAUGCCCAGGUUGAUACUGCUUUAAGUUACCUUCCUAGAGAUGAUUUCAAUCUGCUUGAAAUAACAAGCCGUCACAUUACUACUGCCAUUGAUAAACUGAAAUCAUCCUUCGCUGUUGGCCCUGAUGGAAUUCCGUCAUGCGUUCUGAAACGAUGUGCCUCUGUCCUUAUUCAUCCGCUAUGCCUGCUGUUCAGUUUAUCUCUUCGACAACGCGUGUUUCCCUCCAGUUGGAAAUCCUCCAUUAUGUUUCCCGUGUAUAAGAAAGGUGAUAGACGUGACGUGAAAAACUACAGAGGCAUCACAUCUCUCUGCGCAUGCUCUAAGGUAAUGGAAAUAAUCGUAAACGACGCCCUAUUCGACAGCUGCAAACAUUACAUCACGUCGGACCAACAUGGUUUUUACCCGAAACGCUCUAUUACGACUAAGUUAGCCGAAUUCUCUUCAACCUGCUUGAGAAAUAUGAGUAACGGUGCUCAAAUAGAUGCAGUAUAA